AUGGGAUUACUUAGUAUCAUAAAAAAACAAAAACUUAAAGAUAAAGAGCUAAGGAUAUUAAUAUUGGGAUUAGAUAAUGCAGGUAAAACAACUAUAGUCAAAAAAAUCAUCAAUGAAGAUGUACUGAAAGUAUCACCUACCAUGGGGUUUCAAAUAAGUACGGUGUUAUACAAAGAAUACAAUUUGAAUAUUUGGGAUAUAGGAGGUCAGACCAGUUUACGAGCAUUCUGGGGGAAUUAUUUCGAUAAAACAGAUGCCAUUAUGUGGGUUAUAGAUGGAUUAGCACUUGAAAGAUUAAAUGAAUCAUUCAAAGAAUUGAAGGAAAAGAUCUUACUUCAAGAUCGAUUAGUGGGGAUUAAAGUAUUGAUCUUAGUUAAUAAGGUUGAUUUGUUGGAUGACUAUGAAGAAGUUGAACGCGAGGUUAGUAGUUUACUUAAUGUUGACGAGAAGAUUCCGGCAAAUCAACAAUGGAAAGUAUUAUCUAUAAGUGGAAAAACGGGAUUCGGGAUAAUCGAAGCAUUAGAAUGGUGUAUUUCUUGA